UUGUUCCUGGUUGUUAUGCUUCUCUCUCUUUCCCUCUCUCUGUGUGAUUGAUUGGCGACCUUUGCCUCCUCUCAGUCAGAGCCUCUAUCAAACGAACAGCGGCUGCAACCAGAGCCGGAACAGCCCGAGCUCCAGUCCCGGAACCGGAGCCGACUCUCGGCCGCCGCCAGGAUGCGGGUGGCCGCCGGAGCCGCGGGAUUCCUCCUGUCUUUGACUGCGAUCCCCAUCUCAUACCUGCUGAACAAGUUGUCGGCCAUGGACAGUCCUAUGGUGGUGUUUGCUACUGGUGCUGGAGUUCUCCUCGGCCUGUUGUUGGUGUUGUACCUGCUUGUCAUAGGAAGACCCCCAACGGACCCCCUAUUUUAUGCCUUCGCUGUGUUCUCCUUCACAAGUGUCAUCGAUUUAAUUAUCUCCCUGGAGCAGGAUGGCUACAUCAAUGGAUUCAUGGGAUUUUACAUGAAGGAGGGGGAGCCAUAUCUCCGCACUGCCUAUGGAAUACUGAUCUGUUACUGGGAUGGGACAGUCCAUUAUGCACUCUACCUGAUGAUGAUAGCAGCCAUAACACUGAGGUGGAGGUACCGGAGUGUUGGCCUUUACUGGCUGGGCUCCAUAAUCAUGAGUCUUGUCACCCUCUUACUUGGAACCGUUGUAGGUAAAUUUGGAACCGAAAUCCGUCCUGCUUUCCUGCUGAAUGUUCCAUAUGUGUUGAUUCCGAUUUGGGCUGGAAAGAAAAUCUACAGGAUGCCCAGAGCAUUGCCACAGGUGAUGGCGGAGCAGGUUGCUGCGGAACAGAGGAAGUGGUUGUAUCGACGGCCCCUGGAUGUGUGCUUCAUAAUUUACCUGCUGUUUGCUGCUGCCUACAUACUCUUCAAAGGCUUUAUUGCCCUUGAGUGUUCCUUUGACAUCUGUGACAGCUACGCUUAUGAUCAGGAGCCCUACCUGCUGGACCCGGUGAUGUAUGCCAAGAUCCAGGUGCUGGUCAACAUGUUCUACCUGGUGCCAUUCUUUGGCCUGGCACUCUAUGGCCUGAUUGAGCCCGGUUGUGAGUGGAUGCCCGAUCUGACUGUGGUGUUUGCAGGAGCCAUAGCCCAGGCUCAGUUUUCCUAUGUUGGUGCAUCGUUACACCCACGUACUUCCUUCACAUACCGUAUCCCCCAGGAAAUUGUACCAUCCUUCCUCUACACUAACAUCUUCUUCGCUGUUGGCGCUCAGCUCCUGGCAUUCCGCUGCGUCACAUGCUCCAACUUCUUUCUGAAAGGCAUGCCCAGAAAUACCGAGGAGAUGGAGAAGAAAGUUAACUAAGAGCGCAGGCCAAGUGGAGCAAAAGCUGAGGGUGAUCACAACUGUUGCUGCUGUUAAAAUAAUUGAAAUGAUGUUAAAUGAGGUGUCAAACAUAGUCAAGUGGAUAGCGCCCUCACCUCUGAGCCAAAAGGUUGUGGUUCCAAACCUCACUCCAGACACUUGAACACAUAAACUAGGCUGAUCCUUCAGUGCAGUUCUGAGGGAAUGCUGCACUGUCAGCGGUGCCACCUUUGGAUGAGACCUUAAACCAAGGCCCUGAGUGCCCUCUCAGGUGGAUGUAAAAAAAUCCCAUGGUGGGUGUUUUUAAGAAGAAUAAGGGAGUUAUAUUCAGCAUUCUGGCCAAUGUUUACCCCUCAAUUGAUAUCGCAAAAACAGAUUAUUUAGUCAUUACCACAUUGUUUGUGGGGAAAACCUUAAAACUCAAGUGAGGCCAUUCAGGGGUAGGGUAUCAGCUCGAUGUGUGCACAUUCCUGGAGGGAUCUUUAAAAGUUCUCCAAAUGCACUGCUCGACUUGGUCAAACAACCUUUGUUUCCCAUCUCCAAUACUUCAAUAACUAAUUAACGAAUGUAUUGAAAGAAAAUCUAAAACACACACUCACACACAGUGUUUUGAGUACUUCUACGAUAUUUGUCCAGGGUUACUUGCAGCAGUAUUCAGCAGAAUAAUCUUUAAUUCCUAAAGACUCCAGACUGAUCCUGGAGGGUGGCCAAUCCUAUUCAUAAGUUACGACAGGGAACACUUGUUCACACAAAGGGGAGUGGAAACCUGCAACUCUCCCCCCCAAAAAGCAGUUGAGGCUGGGGUUGAUUGAAAAUGACAAAUCUGAGGCUGAUAGACUUUUGUUGGGUAAGAAUAUUAAGGGUUACAGAACCAAGGUGGACAGAUGGUGUGAAGGCACAAAUUAGUCAUUGUCUAACUGAAUGGUGGAACAGGCUCGAGGGGCUGAAUGGUCAUCUCCUGUUCCUAUGAAGCCAAUCUGCAUUCCUUCCAUUGGGCUGUAUUGGUCAAUGAUUCGUGAGAAGGUUAAGGCUUUACUGGGACAAAGAAUGGGCACCUGUCCAAAAUAUCCAACAUUGUAUCUUCAGGCUGCAGAUGGAAUUCCCAUGGGACCCUGAUACAGUUCAAAGGAUUGAUCCCCUGGUAGUUAAAGCUUGCCAAUGUAUCAUGGCCGGGGGCGGGGGUGUGUGGUGGUGGUCGGUGGUGGAGAAUGAACCUCAGACAGCUGAAAUGCCACAAUUGGCUCAGUGUCCUUGAACCAGGGACAGAGAAGGGGGGAGAAAGGUCAGGCCAGUCUCACACCCUUCAUCGCUAUCCAUCUAAACCCUGUGGAAAAUUCAAACAGUGGAGCCCAGAAUGAGGCAGGUGAGGGACCUCCACCAGCUUGGUUAAGAGGGCCUUCUAAUGGUCAAUAUUGGAACUCACACAGACAAAGAAUUGGAGACCUGUGGAAGCUGUACCCCAAUGGGAUAGAGUUACCAACUCUCCAGGAUUGCCCUGCAAUCUCCAGCAGUUGAAGAUUAAUCUCCAAGCCACUGCAGCCAGCAACUUUCAAGGAGAAAAAUCGUAGGGGUUUUAACUGUUUAUGUUUUUCUUUUGCUUUGAACAUUUUUGUUAACUCGUUACAAAAAAUUUUGGACAUGGGGACAAAGGUUGUUUCUUGACCAGCUGGAUGAUUCUCGAGAGUCAGAGUCUUAUUGCUCUUGGAUUGGCUAUUGGUGGGGCAGUGGGAGGAUGGGGAUGUCAGUUGACCAAUGGGGGAACAAGUGGUGGGAGAGGGGCUGUUAGAGGCAGGAGGUCAUAUGCUGAAACUUCCAGGAAUAUACCCAACCACAGUUGACAACCCUAUAGUAAGCUUUUAGAGUGAGAGGGGGUGGAAUUUCUCAAAAGAAUCACUAUAUGACUAGUUGAAGCCCCUCCAACCAGUUCCUGUGAUGCCCCCGCCACCGCCCAGCUCUAGUUUGUCUGUAUUGCAAUUGCUAAGUUUGCUCUGGGAGUCAAAUUUUUACCUCCUUGUUAUGUACACAAGAUUGCAAAAAAGUGUUUUUUUGAAGAAAGUUCUGUUUUAUAUUAAUCUGGAUGUCUCCUGCUAUGGGUAAUGGGACUGGGCUUUGGUGAUGUUUUAUUUUACAAGAUAAUAAACUGCAAAGUUCCUUUUGGUACUAAAAUACUUGUCAGUUUUAGAUCACCAUGUCACAUAGCUGUGAGGCACAACCCUCCCCACCUGUACUGACAGAUGCCAAGAGUCUCAGUGCCAACCAUCGCAUUCACCUGCAGAUCCCAUAGACAUUGAAUUCUGUAUCACAGAACCUUAUUUCUCAUUAGAAGAGUACACAGGCAUGUUAUCCCUCCCUAGGAACUAAAUUGAGUCCAUCCUUUCAUGUUUAAUCUUUAUAAAACACUGGUGAGGUCUCAUGUGUCCAACUCUGGACACUACACUUUAGGAAGGAUGUUAAGGCCUUAGGAUGCAGAGACUUAUUGGAAUGGUCCCAGAGAUGAGGGAUUUCAGUUAUAUCGACAGUGUUGAUUGGUGAAUGGGAUUGUUCUGCUUACAGCAAAGGUUAAAGAAAGUUUUACUAGAUAUAGAGAUUUGACAAAAUUAUGAGGUGCUUUGAUAGAGUAAGUAAGGUGCAAAUGUUUUCACUGGCAGAAGAGUCAAUAACCAGAGAACCUAGAUUUAUGGUUAUUGGCAAAAGAACUAGUAAUGAUAGAGAACUUGGUUUUACCAAUUCACUAUCAAAGGGCAGUGGAAGCCGCUUCAAUAGUAAUUUUCAAAAAGGGAAUUGGAUAAAUAUUUGAAAAGGAAAACUUGCACAGCAGGAAGAGUGGGACUAAUUGGAUCUCUCUUUCAAAGAGUUGCCACAGGAAUGAUGGGCUGAAUAGCCUCCUUCUGUGCUGCAGCAUUGUGCUUCUAUUAUUUGACUCAGUUUAUGACCAGUUAAACACAUUGGGAUCAAUUAAGGAUUAUGACUGAGCUUUUGAACACAGUAAGUCAUAGUCACUGUUGUUGAACGAGCUUAAUAUUAAAUAUAUUUAAAGAUACAAAAGACUUCCUUAAAAAAAUCAUAAUAAGCAGAAUCAGAUUAAAGCACAACUUUACAAUGAUUGGGAGUAGUUGCUGUACAAAUAAUGUGUAAUAGGAUAGUCAAAGCAUUGCAAUAAACCAUUGGGUAUCACCUUAAGACAGCUCUCAAGCUUUGGAGUCACACCAUAGCAAUAUGAGGGACUGAGUGUUAAAGUGGGUUAACAUCUCAAAAUUGGGCCAAAUUCUGUGGUCAAAUUAUAGUUGAGAGUUGACUUUCUCUUUAGCUCUGAUGAAGAGUCAUACAGACUUGAAAUGUUAACUUGGUUUCUCCACAGAUGCUGGAAAAACUCAGCAGGUCUGGCCGUAUUUUCUGUUUUUAUUAUAAUUGAGUGUAUCUGUGCUCACCAUUACAAGAGCAACCUCUCUAGCACUGGAAAUUAACUUAUACAUAUGAAGUCCCAUUCCUUCAGAUAGCAAUCAUUGUUGGAGAUUUUAAAAAAAUUUUACAAAACUUUUCCAUCUCUCGUAACCCCGCUUUUCUUUCCCUUUAUUUUGCUUUCUGUAUCUGAUUUUGACAUUGAAAUAAAUAAUUUAACUGACA